UAGUGCAUAUAUAAAUAUCUGUGUCUAAUUGAAAUUUCAUGUCAGAACGAAAGUAAACUCUGGUAAACUGCAAUCAAAAAUGGUUUCCUCAACUCUAAAAUGGAUGUUGAUAUCAUUGGUGCUGUGUGUUGCAGUAGAAGCAGUGUUCCUUCCUAAUACUUGCAAGUCUAGAUGCUUAGCCGUACAAUGUCGCAAUGCUAUGAGAAUUACAUGCCAAAAGUUAUGCACGUGCAAGUGUAGAACACCGUGGGAAGUCAGGCUAAACAAAGAAAAUUGUCCAGAACCUGAACAUGGUGGUUUUGAACAUGAUCCUACUUUUGGUUCCCAGCAUCAGCUAGUCAAUUAUCCCCACUAAAUGAGAAAAUGAAAUGAAGAAGACUGACGUUAAUUAUUUCUUCGCAUAUUGAAUUUCUGAAAUAAAAGAUAAUUACACUG